CACCUUCAACUAUUUUCUCAAACUCCAAACUUCUUUCUUUCUGGAACGUUGAAAGUUUGCAGGGUUACGAUCGUGUUUUGUUUCCUGAUGUUUUGCUAUAAUAAUGGCUUCAGUGGCACCUGUGGAACCUGCGGCACGUGCCACUCGACAUCCUCAUAAGACACGAAAGAGAGCGUCUAAGGCGUGUCUUUCUUGUCGUGCUCGCAAAGUGCGCUGUGACGUCUCCCAGAGGGGGAGGCCGUGUAUGAAUUGCUAUCUUGACGAUGAAGCCUGUAUUGUCACAAGUAGGGCCUCAAGGUUCCGAAAAGGGGAGCGCCAAGGCAGUGUGCUCGAUUUUCGCCAUCAGGACCAUGUCGAUGAUUGUACAAACGAAAGACGGAUUGAUGGUGUUGCCAAUUCAGGGGUUAAUGUCGAGCCUGCUUCCCCACAGGAGGAGCUUGCAAAUGAUAUACACAUUACCGAGAACGGACCUACAUUGCGCGUACCCGGCUUUGGAGUAAACACAGGGGAAGAUAUGCAACAAGACCAGCAACCAUCCAUAGAGCUCAACGGGCAUCAACCUUCGUUUAACCGUCCGCUCAACCCAGCGCCGCCGUUCCACAGCGCUCCAUCAAUGCCAAUGCCGAGUUUUGAUUCGAUAGACAACUCCGAGAUCCCUUUUAUGGUCGGCCAACAGCAAGUCAUUAUCAGCGCGGACAUCACAUAUUCAUACUACCCGUUCAUAUCUAUUAGCAAUCUUCACAAUGUGAUGCCACAAGACGUGAACUACCUUGACUCCCAAGGAUGUCUUAGAAUACCUACAAGAGCGAUUUUGGACGAAUUCAUGCAGCAAUAUUUCUUGCAUGUUCAUCCGCUGAUGCCGUUUCUCAAUGAAGGUGACUUUUGGAAUCUCUAUUGCCACCAAGGCAGCGGAGGGUCGAGUGAGAAGAUGUCACUGCUUGUCUUCCAAGCGAUGAUGUUCUCCUGCUGUAAUUUUGUGUCGAAAACUAGCAUUAAAGCUCUUGGUUUCCCGGACAUACGCACUGCAAGAGCGACUUUAUAUCGCCGUACAAAGCUCUUAUUCGAUUUCGAUACCGAAUCAUCCCUUGUCUGCGUCGCCCAAGCUGCCCUUCUGCUUACGUACUGGGCCCCGAACUGGUCGCUCGCGCCAAAGAAACCUAACACAGCUUGGCUUGGUGUUGCGAUACAGAAUGCGAAAAGUGCAGAAGCGCACAUAUACUCGGCCAUGCCCACGUUUUCUCCUGUGACAGAACCGAAAGAAUACAAGAAGCAGAAUUCACUAAAGCGUCUAUGGUGGUGCUGCCUUAUCCGUGACCGUUUGCUUGCCCUAGGAAUGCGUCGGAGCAUUCAGGUGUCCCCGGCCCAUUUUGACGUUACUGCGAACAGCCGGUUUUCAUGCUCAGAUCUUGCGGAUGAAGUCGGGGCAUCGAAAGUGUAUAACCCAGAAACAAAGCAACACCUGAUCGAAAUAUUUGUCAAACUUGGCGAGCUUUCCUCCGUACUAACUGAUUUACUAACUCUCGUCUUUCCUCUCGAUGAUGUCCCGGGUUGGGGCAGACAUAAUGGGGCUGAAGGCGCCGAAAGAGUAAAAGAAUCCAAAGCAGCACUAAGGAGAUGGUACAAGGCAGCGUCUCUUCGCUUUCCAAUGCCUGGCGGCUCCCAGAGCAAAAUGGCAGGGAAUCAAAAUCUUCAACACGAUUCAGUCAUUUUAUAUACGAAUCUGAUGUACAUGUUCUACCAUUCUGCACGAGCAGCACUAUGUCACCAUGAAGUUUUGCAGGCAACUAUGGCUUCCGCCUCACCGAAUCCAAACAACAACGGCCGCGAAUUCUCUAAUGUUCAUGAAAGCCGACAUGAGCUACAAGAUGCCGCCUGUGGUGUGACAGAAUGUUUGAAUGAUUUAAUCCAACGCCGCCUCGCCCGAUGGCUGCCUAUUCCAGCAAUAGCAUGCACAGCAAUGCCAUUGGUGCUUCAUAUUAUAGAUGUGAAGCUCUUAUCCCAGAACAAACAGAGCAGAGCGACGCCAGAUGAGAAGAGACGAACGGCGAUUAAACAGCAAAGAUUAAAUGUCCUCAUUGAGGCCAUGAAAACUUAUCAGCCACAAUACGAUGGUGUAGACUACAUUAGCGAGACAAUCCGGCAUAUUGUGAACCUGGCACAAAUAGAUCCUCCUAGCAGCCAGGCAAAUGGUCCGUCAUCAUUCGCGACGCCACCGGAGAAUCCUGCGACUAGCAUGCAGCCCAUGAUAUCUAGUUGGACGGAUAUGUUGGCAUCCAACCCCGGUUCCUACCUACGUCUUUCCAUGACCAUGGACAUUAGUAUGAGCAAGGGUAGGUUAGCCAAGGAGACUGACUUCCCAGCCAAGCUCCGUGGUCUCUUCGCCCAGGGAUUUAGUUCUAUUCGAGCACUUCUUGCGGAGAGUCACGCGAGAACGUCGCCAGCACAACACACUUUCACAAGUACAGCGGCAGCACCAGCCGUGUUCUUACCGAAUCCCGCAGCGCAUAUACAGCCAGGGAGUGUGCAUUCGGUGUCAUCGGACGAGGAUCCCGCAUCACCAGAUUCGCCUGACAAUGCAGCUGGGACCUUAGAGAGCACCAAUAACGAUAGUGGCAUAACGAGCCAUAAUGCUCAAAUACCAGAUGCCCCCUUCUUCUCUGCCCUAGAUACAGAUGUGGCCAUGCACAUCCACACAGAUAUGUUCGUCGAGAGCGGCGGAUCCACGAAUCUCGACAUGGAUUACUCCUUAACGACCGACGCGCUAGCUCCCGCAUUCACGCCGCGGGCAGACAACAAUGGAAGCAAUGCAACAUCGAAUCACAAGAACAACGGGGACAACAACACCGCUGAUAACGAGAUGUAUGAUGCCGAGGACGAGGCACGGGAAGCCGAUUGGAUCGAGCGCGCGUGGGACGAGGAAACGGGCGAUAAAGAGACUGCGCGCGUCUUGCUCGAUGCACUGCAAAAUGAUGCAGUCCUUUGCGCCUAACGGGGUAAGUUGGGAAUUAUAUUAAUGGAACGAAGUCACGAUGAAUAUGAAUUCUUCGGAGUUGGACAUUGACGGUUAUGAAUACCAUUAUGAUUGUGAGGUAAUGUAGGUAUAUAGGAUGGCGUCUUUCCAGAUGGCUACUGUAGCUGCGUUUGUGAUUUUCCUGAAUGAUUAACUGUUGGAAAGAUAUAGGAAUUACCGGGUAGUGGUUAUAGCGCUUUACAUCAACCUCCUGAAGGUUCUACUUCUUCAUUACGUCGAGCACGCUGGUGUUGGUAUUGGCCUGAUCUCAGCUCUCCCCAUGCUAGUUAAAGUG